AUGUCUCAUCAAAAACGAAGACGAAGUCAAUCUCCUAGUUCAACUUUUGCAUCGCUUCCCAACUUUCACUCAAACGAUAAAGAUAUAUCAGAAACAACAGAUACCCUCUCAGGAUUACAUAUUGAAGCCUUCGAAGCCGAACUUUGUGAUGAUGAAUGGCUUGGUCAACAAGCUGAGAGUAGAUGUGAUGAAAUCGAAGGCGGUAGAUUGAUUCGAUUAGGUGGAAAUGUUCUUAAUUCAUCAUCAUCAGAUCAAGGAGAAGGAGUUUGGGUCGAUAGAUAUGACGCUCGACUACUGCUUCCUACAACGCCUCCUACUGGCUUUGAAGAACCCACUAUCCUGACGCCACCACCUGUCAGUCCAACUGGGUACUCUGAUCUACCUUCGGAUCACGAAGAAAUGUUCUAUUUUGAUGAAUCAGAACGACAAGAAAUAGCUCAAAGAAAACAAAGGAGAAAGAGAGAUGAACAACAGCAUAAGCGAAUUAGAUUAAGGGAAGAGGAAGAAAAACAACGUGAAGAGAAUAUUCGACUUUCAAAAAUUCCACCGCCUGAUCAAAUGUUAUUAAUGUCAAGAACUUUAGAAGCAUUAAAUUCAUCACCUUCACCAUCAUUACUUGAAAUCCGGAUCUUAGCUAAUCAUUACCAAGAUUCUCGAUUUGCCUCUUUUUUAGGUAAAGAUGGUAAAUAUAGAUUGUAUUGGGAAGAGAUGAAAUUAGGAAAACAUUCUACGAAAAACUCAGCCGACGAACAACCUAAAGUUUCUCAAGUUGAGAAUAAUGGAUUACAAGGUAUUGCUGACUACGGUGAAUCGAGUGAUGAAGCCGAGGUCGGUGAGGAUGACGAGGAGCAGGAAAAUGUCCAUGAAUGUGAAGAACAAAAUCAGACAUAUGAAAAUGAUAAGCUUGAAGGCAAAACCCGGUCCGCAAUACCAGUGACAUCUGAUCCGCUUUCACCAACUCGCAAUCCAUCUUCUCCAGCAGGUGAACUUGUUGAACCGAUAGAUCCCUCAGAUGAGGUUUUACCACCUGGAUCACCGACCGAUCUUGUACCGAUCAUCGAUGAUAGUCUUGCUCAUAAACCUAUUGACGAAGCUGAACGCUUACGUCGACAAGCAAGAGCCAAAGAAUGGGCGGCGCAAAGGAAAAAACUUGGGUCCCCCGCAAAAGAAGAUAUUUCAACUCGACCUCCAGAUUUGAUAGAACAAUGA